GAGGCGCUCUGGAACUCGACAUCAAGCUUGCAUGCUUCAGUUUGCUGGUUGCGGCCUUGAAGCGGCACGAGAGGAUAUGCGUUGAGUCAGAGUUUCCACUUCUGUGCGACGUCGUCAGCAACUGGGGCGGGUGGAAAACAUUCGUCUCUGGAUAUUUCGACGUCGGGGCGGGCGUCGCCGAGCAGCCGCUCAUCUCGGCGACCAGCCCAAACGGGCGGCAGUCGCCAGAUCCAGAGGAGCGGCCUGGCUGGUUUCCGCAUUUGGAUGGUCUGCAAACGGAAGUAGCCAAUGCCGCUCGAUUUCUUCUCGAGCACGACACGCUGCAUCAGGAUGUCGCGAGAGCGCGGCCUGAACGCAGCUCGCUUCACAUCUUCUUGCACGAGCUGGAUCGCGGGCAUUUGAUGAGUACGAAACAGGCAUUAGAAGAGGCAGGGGCCGCGCCAAUUGAUCUUUUCUUCGAUGGCACCUACUUCAGGCCAUUGGGGCUCGACGUGCACGACGAGGGCUUCGCGUCUGCAGUCGAACACGAGCACGGCGUAUCGUUGCAUUUGAAAGAUCUCAGCGGAGCGCUACAGCUGAGCGGCAUGAUCUGCGCCGACUCCGCGCACUGCUUCCUGUUGCACAUUGGAAUGCCCGGAACUCGCGGACAUGCAGUUGGUCUCCGCGCCCGCGGGGAUUCGCAGCAGAUGCUUGUUUACGACUCGCACCAGGACGUUGUGAUGCAGAUUGGCGACGAGGCCUCGUUCGACUUGGUUACCCGCUGGGGCGAGGGCCGAUGCCACGCUCGCCUGCUGCAAGUUACCCUAGACGGGGCCGGCGACGGCAGUGCCGAGAAAGACGUCUUGGAUUUGAUUGCUGGCUCCUCUCGGCCGCGCGCGAAGAAGCCCGCUGCCUUUCAGUCUUGCAUGCCCAAGCGCGGGAAGGCGCGCACGGUCAGGAAGCUUGCGAAAAAGCCAGCCGCAAACGAGAAAACACCGCACGCGCCCUACGUGCGACACGGCCAAAAGGCUGUCACAUCACGGCCAGAAGAGAUUCCGAUUCAAUGCUCCCUGAAGACUGUGUAUACCGCCUCUCCGGUGGGACUCGCGAAGAGGCUCACAGCGAGCGGCCGCCUUAGGGAUUGGCGCGGCGAGUUUUGCCCCUGGCGCGCGGAAGGACACUUGGGCCCGUUGAAAAAGGCCCCAAACAGAGGUCCGCGCUACCGCUGCGGGAAGAAAGGAUGCCAGAAAUUCGCGUUGCCCUAUCACGACCAUCCGGUGUUUUCACCUGGUCAUGGGAACGCAUAUGCUCCGUUCGCGGACAAGGCGGCUGUCUGCACGUGCGCGACCUGGGACGCGGCUCAGAGCAAGUGCCAUCAGAUCACUGGUAACAGCCACAAUCUCAUCGGGAAUGUCUACACUAGCCUUGACAGCGCCAGAAUGAAGUACGUCACGAAAAAGGAGAAGCGGAUCAAAUUCGGCGCGACAGACAAGUGGGCGGACGUGGAAGCCGACGAGGUGGACCUAGGCAAGAUGGACGACACGGAGGAGGACGACCAGGUCGUGCUGCACACAGAUGGGGCGCGGGCAUAUAAGCUUAAGAUCCCGAAUGUUCUUCGCGACAACGUUGUCCAUAUGAAGAAGAAGGUGAUUUUGCGUGGGAAGACACUUUGGCUCAAUCCAAAGUUUUCCGAACUAGUUGGCCACAAAUGGCCAACCUGUGAGUCGUACACCAAGUCAAGGACGCAGAUCAUCGAUCGCUUCCGGGCGCACCUGCGGAAGCAUUUGCAGUCGCGCAAGCGCAGGGCGGGCACCCUGGCCGCGAGGCGCCGCAUUCGCUCCGCCCAGUGGACUUACUGGAACAAAGGUGCGGGUUUGUGGACUCGCACUGGUGAAAUGCUACGGGAGCUCGAUUGA